AUGAUCAAGCCAGCUAAACCAUGUGCCGCCUCCUUAAUUUGUAGACCGUCAAAUUACAAUCACGAUAACUCGAACGAUCUUCAUCCACCAUGCCCGCAGCGAGCAAGAACUCGAGAGUUGGAAAAGAGCUGGGAGAAUCGUACCAGAGAAUCGUACCAGUUCGUCGUCGUCGGGGCGGGGCCCGCUGGUCUGACUGCGGUAGCCAACUUGAUCGAUAAUGGAAUUUCUCGGAUAGCGUGGAUUGAUAGUUCGUUCUCUGGAGGAAGGAUGGGUGAGAAGUAUAGGGAAAUACCAAGUAACACGAAAAUCCAGCUGUUCCUUGAUUAUGUGGCCGCAAGUCCAACUCUUACCAAGCUGGUCCAUGAAGCGGAAGAAAAGCCCAACGCAUACACUACCUUAGAAGAGCUGGAGCGAGAUCGAGGAAAUCUGUUGAGUUAUGCGGCAGAUUUAAUGAUCAUGUUAACCAGACGACUGGUCUCAGCUCAUCGCAAUGAGGUAGACACCUUCCAAGCGCGUGUACACUCUUUAGAUUUCAUUGAUGGUGUCGGUUGGAUGGUUGAUGUUGAGAUGAUGGACCCGGUCAGCCAUCAAGCCACAAUUUUAAAAACUAGCAAGGUCAUUUUAGCCACCGGGUCAGAACCAGUCCAACCGAAGGAGAAGGCCAUACCUCCCAUCGACUUGGAAGUCGCGCUCGCACCCUCCCAACUCGAAGCUGCAACGGAAGGGAUUGAUCUCGAAAAGGAAACAAUUGCUGUUGUUGGAUCUUCACAUUCAGCAUUCCUGGUCUUGAGGAAUCUGAUCGGUCUUUCGAACAGGGUGAGGGUCGUACAUCUCCUCCGAAACCCCAAGAUCAGAUUCGCCGAGCAGAGGGAUGGGUGGAUUCUAUAUGAUAACACGGGCUUGAAAGGUGUGGUAGCUGAUUGGGCCAAGGAUGAGUAUCCAAACCUGGUCGCUGAGGGGAGGAUCUUGAAGACCCAAAUCGAGGCCUCAGAAGGCGCUCUUUCUCUCCAUCUCACAACUCUCACCAGUUGCGCGCGAGUAAUUUAUGCGAUCGGCUAUCAGCCCACCCCGACUGCAAGAGUAACGCUCGCUGGACUUGAGCAGAGCUUGAAAUUCGACCAUCUGACCGGGCAUUUCGAACGUCUCCCUGGCCUCUUCGGAUGCGGGAUCGCUUUCCCUCAACGAGUUGUCGAUCCCGCUGGAAACGUCGAACGUGCAGUCGGUAUCUUCAAGUUUAUGAAGUUCCUCAGGGCCGUCGUCCCGCUUUGGAUUCAAUCUUAA